AAAGAAUAAAGAAGAGUAAAAGGCCCAAGUAAAUUUUUGCGAUUCUGUUUGUUGAUAGUUUCCCUCAAGAACAAUAAAAUUACAUCACUAAAAGGACAGGAAAAGAAAUUUUCAUGUUUGCUUUAACAGUUUUAUAGGAUCAUAAAACGGGUGCAUCACCACUGCACCAAAAAGGACCGGACCACGCGGGUCCACAUGUGGACUAAUGUCAUGUUUUUUAUACUGACAAAUUUUUCCCAAAGCGAAAAUAUAUAAAUAUAUAUAUUUCUCAUCUGCAGCCACCUGAUGUAUCUGGAACGAACCAAGCCCGGAUGUUAACAUUCAGCAUUAAUUAGUGAUGGGUCGAUCCCCCUAUAUAAAGGAGACGCGCCCACCGCUUUGCGCUGUCUCCAUGCAAGCGAAGAUGAGCUACGGAUCUGAAGUGUUCUCCGCUUCCUCCUACCGGAGGAUUUUCGGGGAUUCUCCCCGUUAUUCGUCUUCUCCAUCGCGCACAGCGAUGAGCAUGUCCUCACGCGGAGGUUACCGGUCCUCCUCUCUAUCCCGAACAAACAUUUCAUCCCUGAGCUCAUACAACAGAAAAUCUGGCCGCUCCUUCUCCAUGCCGCUGGAGACCUUCGAUCUAACUCAGAGCAGUGUCCUCAACAAUGAGUUUAAAAUCAUCCGCACUAACGAAAAGGAACAAAUGCAGGGUCUUAAUGACCGCUUUGCAAUGUUUAUCGAAAAAGUGCGCAACUUGGAGCAGCACAACAAAGUGCUGGAGACGGAGCUGGUCACUCUGCGUCAGCGCCAGACGGAGCCCUCGCGCCUCGCAGACCUUUACCAGCAAGAGAUACGCGAACUUCGCUCGCAGCUCGAGGAGCUGAACGGGGAGAAAUCCCAGCUGAUGAUCGAGAGGGAUAACAUUGAUGACGACCUGCAGAAGCUGAGGGGGAAAUACGAAGAGGAGUUCCGUGCCCGAGAAGAGGCGGAAGCCACCCUCAAGGCCUUUAAGAAAGACGUGGAUGAUGCUACCAUGGUGCGCCUGGACCUGGAGAAGAAAGUGGAGUCCCUCCUGGAUGAGAUUAACUUCCUCAGGAAGGUGCACGAAGAAGAGGUGGCCGAGCUGACGGACAUGAUCCAGGCUGCACAGGUGUCUGUUGAGAUGGAGGUGGCCAAACCAGAUCUCACCUCCGCUCUCAAAGAGAUCCGCAGCCAGUAUGAGUCCAUGGCAUCCAAAAAUCUGCAAUCCGCCGAAGAGUGGUACAAGAGCAAGUUUGCGGACCUGUCCGAGCAGGCAAACCGGAGUAACGAGGCCAUCCGCGCCAGCAGGGAAGAAAUGAACGAGUUCAGGAGGCAGCUGCAGUCCAAGACCAUCGAGAUAGAGAGUCUGAGGGGAACGAACGAGUCUCUGGAAAAGCAGCUUCGGGAGAUGGAGGACAGGCACAACAUGGAGAUUGGUACCUACCAGGAAAAUAUGGCAGAGCUGGAAAAUGAUCUGAGGACCACCAAGAGUGAGAUGGCCCGUCAUCUGAGGGAAUAUCAGGAUCUGCUGAAUGUCAAAAUGGCUCUGGAUAUUGAAAUUGCAGCAUAUAGGAAACUUCUGGAAGGAGAGGAGACCCGCAUCGGAACAGGUAUCACCUAUCCUACUCCUUCCAUAGGCACCAGUGGUGGGCAGGGCUACAGCUACCAAACCCGCAUCUACACCAGCUCUGGCAAGGGCUCCAAAAAGGAGGGCAAAGAAGAGGAGCAGCAGAGCAGGUCUGGUGGCAAGGUGUCCCAGCGUGAAGUGUAUGAGGAGACAGUGGGCUCCACCAAGAAGAUGGAGAAGCAACAAGAGGACAUCCCCACCCACCAGAAAAACUAAAUGCCUACUGUAAGCCUGUUCUUGAUCCCUAACUUUCCCUUUAUUUAACAAACCCAUACCUCUGUUCACCUCCAAUCCUAAAAAGCAUAGUUAGGAUUUACCAGUUUGUUUUAUGUUGGAGCAAUUAUUUUUGCCCCCUUUGUCCCUCACAGGUGUACUCAAAGGGAAUCAUAAUUCUUUUAAAAACCAUCAUGUUAUAAGAAAACACAGAACAGCUCUUCUCUCUUUCUCUCUCUCACAAACUCAGCAUUUAACAGUAACAAGCACAUAGGUAGCAUCUUGUUCAAAAGUACGGUUUGUCAGCAUAACUUAACAUUCAGCUGGUCUUUCUCACCAAUGUCAGACUGAAACACAGUAGAUUACAACUCUGGUCAUGCAUUUAUACCACAAGCUGUGAGGUACUCUGAACACAUUCCAAGGGAAGCAUGUGUGUGUGAUAGAUAUGGUGCUCAUUUACACAUAAAAAUAGAUCCAAAACACAUCAACUGGUACUGGUCUGCAAUCACUUACAGAAUAUAAAUAGUCUUACUGACAACUCUGAGAGGAAGUACACCAUCUACAUAACAAAACAGGCCAAAUAAACUAUAAUAAAUGAUAGUCUUGUUUAGACAUCAUGCAUAGUCUCUUUAGUGAAAGCUUAAUUCACUUCUUACACAAUUUAUCCUUUGACAGUGAGUGCAUCGGGGGUUGACUGCGGCCAACCAGUUAGAGGAAGAGCACCGACCCUCUUUGACUUACCAAUUAUGUUUCAUUAGCAAAAGUGGUGUGCCUGGCUAAUUAAAUGAUCAAGACUUGAAGCAGCACCAAAACAUAAUGUAUUAAUCAAGCAUAACUUGCAUGUAAAUGUCAUGCUUGCAUGGAAUUCAUCAACCUGCUACUCAUUCAACAUGAUAUUGUUGUUUGAAGUUAAAGAAAAACUCCAUCAUCAUGCACAGCAUCUAUUAAUGACAUAACUGACAGGUGGGCUUGAUUUGAAGCUACUGUUGUAACUCUAAGGCUAUGACUUCAGUUGAUCACAGCUCUUAGCUACUGAUACUAUAAAGAUGAGGAAAGAACUCCUCUUUGAAGCACUUAACUUAAAAACCAGCUGGUAAUAAUAAACAGUUUGCACAAUCUUCUAUGAGGAAUACAGGGGUAAGAAGGUAAAAAUACUUAAAAGAAGAUGAAAUUAUGCUAACGUGACAGUAAUAAGAGGUUUCAGGCCAUUAGAGACUUAAAUGUAAAAUAUGCUUUAGCACAAAUGCAUGAGAUGCUAUAUCAUCCAUCCCUGCUGGUGUGAUGAAUUGUAUACAUAGACGGCAUAGCACCAUGUUUCAUGGAGCACAUUUGAACCCCAGAAUCAUAUCACUCAGCCUGAAGAAAAUAGUGCCAACAACCUUCGACAUACAUCAAGUUUAGUGAAAGCCUGCCAGACCAUGAUGUGUUUGAAACAACUUGACCUCUUUCUUUUUAACUGUGGCCAUGACUGGAUAAAAUGUCUGUUGUAGUUUGACAUCACUUCUAGGAAUCCUUCAGUAUGAGCUUGUAUUUUUCUGCUUGUGCACUGCCAGCUCCAACACAGCUAUUUUAUCCUCUUGCUGCUGGUCAUGGCUAAUAAAGCCCUGACAAACUGCACACACACUAUGAAUGGAAAAAAAAAAAAAAACAAACAAACAAAAAAAAAAAACUACUGAUUGUACAGCAAGCUUCUGUGGAUUUGGUUGUCUUACCUGAAGCUUAUGACAAGUGUUUUAGUACUGUACUAAGUUUGUUUGUAUCUCUACACCGUGGCCUAUUAUAAGUGUAAUAAUAGAAAGGAAGACAACAAACUCUGAAAGUCGACCAGUUUAGUUCAAGGAAUGUUUAACUCAAGUGUAAAGCAGAAGAAAAAAAAAAUCUUAGAAGGAUGCUAAUAGCAUUUUAUAAUGCACACGAUUACAACGGAUUUCCAGCGUCAAGCCUUUAUCCUUACACUGUAAACCAAAUAACAAUGUCACUCUUACAGCACUGCCAAAAUUUUCUAAGUGCACAUUCAUGGGAAAAUCAUUUUCCAAAAAUACAAUAUGUCACAAAUCCAUAAUCAACAAUCAAUAUUCAGUCAUACUGUAAAACAACUACUGUAGGAUGUAAAAUGCCUUAAAACACCAGCAGCUUCUGGCCAUGUGUUUGAUGUGUAUGAUUCAGUCUAGUGGGGUGUUUUCAUCAUUAUCUCUUCAUUAGUGUUUAUUAUAGUUGCCAUUAGAUCAAAAGCAUAGUGACUGAAUGUAGUUGACAUGCUAUUCUCUUUAAUGUGACUACUGCUUAUGUAUUGCUGUUUGACACCAUAUCAAUAAAGACUUGACAAUACUGGAACUGCA